AUGCAUGUAGAUCCACUUGAGUGUCCACACAGAAUAACUUCGACUACUAUGGAUCACCAUAACAGAUCUUCAGCCAACAUUGGUCUUCCACUCAACCUGAUUGACAAGCAUGAGCCAUGGCCAGCCUAUGUCACCUAUACAUCCCCAAUUGUCAACAGACUCAUUGAACAAGAAAGAAUGAGACAGUUAGACUACCAAAAAUCUAGUCAGGAAAACAAAUGGGAAGCAAAUUACAACAAUAAACCAGGAAUCAUCCACCUGUCAAGAAAACCUGCCAAGUUCUCUGCUGAUGUCACUUUCAAGGAGCACCUCACAACAUCAGUGCCAGUUCUGGGCAGCUACUCCUCAUUGGCAGCCCCCCAGCCUGUAAUACAUGGCACAUUUCCCCAGAUGGCUUCAAAAGGAGGUCCCACCGAGGCCUACAACAGUAUUAUUUUUUCCCGAAAACCUAUGAUGCGCAUUUUCCUGUAUGGCUCCCGGCCAGACAGCAAGGAGAAAAAGAUACCUAUAAAGAAACUGGAUCCAAUGAGAAUUCAUCUUUAUGGAGCCAUCUUACCAAUUUAA